GUUGCUUGAUAUCCAUCAGAUGGUAGUUCACACACAUUUAACUGUUUAUUGUUUUGAUUUUGUUCUUCUUAAGUUAAUACUUUUAUAUGGUUUUAUGCGUUUAUUUCCUAAAUUCCCAGCGUUUCUAAACCGUUUUAACACUAACUGCAAACACUUGCACAACAGAAAUUCUACAAAAAUGCAAUCGUCAUUGAAAAUGAAAUUGGAAACACAAUCACAAUCGGAGCCUAAAAAACCCCACUGGGCCCUGGGCUUAACAAAAACAAUAAAGGACCACAAAUACAUCGUGAAAUCCGACGAUAAAGCCACGAUAAUUAAAGAUAUGUUUCCAAAAGCGCGAUUCCAUUAUCUCGUAAUACCCAAAAAAAAAAUUAGUAACCCGAAAUCUUGCACUCCGGAACAUUUACCACUGUUGGAACAUAUGGAAGCCAUGGCAAGGGAAUAUGUUGAAAGCAACCACCCGGAAGUAAAUUUCAAUGUUGGGUAUCAUGCCCAAAGCAGUAUGCACCUUUUACACUUGCAUGUGAUCAGUGAUGAUAUGGACUCGCCAUGUGUUAAAACCAAAAAGCACUGGAACUCUUUUACCACUGAGUAUUUUGUCAAAUCUGAUGAGUUUAUAGAGAAUUUAAAGAAAUGUGGAAAAGUCGUUUUGCCAUCUAAGGAAAAAUGUAAGGAGUAUGUAGGUAUGCCAUUGAAGUGCCAUAAAUGUGAUUUUAUGCCAAAGAAUAUGCCUCAUUUGAAGAAACAUAUUAUAAUACAUUUAAAGAAAUGAAUUUAAUUGAUUGAUGGAUGUGGGUGUGUUCGAUUGAUAUACAGUGUGAUACAGAUAAGAGGUGUCAAUUUUUUAAUAAAAUUUUAAAUACAA